UGCUCCCACUGCUCUGUUGCAGUAGAGAGGGGAUGGGACACAUUGACGAGAUACUGGUGUGAGUUACACAGAUCUAACAUGAAUUAAUGAAAGGAAAGCUUUUUCUCCUUUGAAGCUAGAACUGAGGUCAUUCUGACUCUUCUUGAAGAUUGUCUUUGCCCAAUGGCUUUUGAGGAGCUCCUGGAUGAAGUUGGUGGCCUGGGAAAAUUCCAGAUCCUUCAGAUGGCUUUAAUUCUUCCUUCCCUCAUGAUAAUAGUUUGUCAAAUACUUUUGGAGAACUUCACUGCGGCCAUUCCUCGUCAUCGUUGCUGGGUCCACAUUCUUGAUAAUGACACUGUCUCUGAUAAUGACACUGGAUUCCUCAGUCCUGAUGUUCUCCUGAGAAUCUCUAUCCCACUGGAUUCAAACUUGAAGCCAGAGAAAUGUCAUCGUUUCCUCCACCCUCAGUGGCAACUCCUUCACCUGAAUGGGACCUUCCCCAACAUGACUGACCUGGACACGGAGCCUUGUGUGGACGGGUGGGUGUAUGACCACAGCCUGUUCUCCUCCACCAUCGUGACUGAGUGGGACCUCAUUUGUGACCAUCAGUCACAGAAACCAGUGGCUCAAUCCCUAUUCAUGGCUGGAAUGCUGGUGGGAGGCUUCAUAUAUGGUCAUCUCUCAGAUAGGUUUGGGCGGAAGUUGAUUCUCAGGUGCUGUUUGCUCCAGCUGGCCAUCUCUGGGACCUGUGCAGCCUUUGCUCCCACCUUCCUCAUUUACUGCUCCCUACGCUUCUGGUCAGGCUGUUCUGCUGUGGUCAUUGUGGCAAACAACAUUAUGCUGAUUAUAGAGUGGACAAGAUCCCAGUCAAAAGCCAUGAUAUUAACACUGGUAACCUGUACCUUUAGUAUGGGACAGAUGAUGCUGGGAGGACUGGCUUUUGUCUUUCGAGAGUGGCGCACCCUGCAGCUGGUGGUAUCUGUACCUUUCUUUGUCUUCUUUCUCUCCUCAAGGUGGCUGGUGGAAUCUGCUCGGUGGCUGAUUAUCACCUAUAAACCAGAUGAGGGCUUAAAGGAACUUAAGAAAGUUGCACACAGAAAUGGAAUGAAGAAUGCUGAAGCAACCCUGAACAUGGAGGGUUUGAGAGUGACCAUGCAGGAGGAGCUGAAGACAGCACAGAUGAAAACUACUGUGUUUGACUUGUUCCGCACACCCAACCUGCGAAAAAGAAUCUGUCUUCUGUUCUUUGUGAGAUUUGGAACCACAAUACCCUUUUUUGGCAUCUUCAUCAAUCUACAACACUUUGGGAGCAACAUAUUCCUGUUCCAGGUCAUCUUUGGAGCUCUCACGGGCUUAACCCGAUGUCUUAUACCUCCAGUAUUGAAUCACAUGGGCCGUCGACCAACCCAGACGCUUUUCAUGUUCCUGGUGGGACUUUCCAUUUUGGUCAACACGUUUGUGCCCCAAGAAAUGCAGACUGUGCGUGUGACUUUGGCAAGUGUGGGAAUGGGCUGUGUUGCCGCCUCUAACACCAGUAUUUCUGUCCAUUUUGUUGAACUCCUCCCCACUCUUGUCAGAGCAAAAGCUGCAGGCAUAGAUAUGAUGGCUAGUAGGUGUGGGGCAGCACUGGCUCCCCUGCUGAUGACCCUAGUGGUGUAUCUACCCACUCUGCCCUGGAUCAUCUAUGGAGUGUGCCCCAUCAUUGCUAGUCUUCUCGUCCUUCUCCAACCUGAAACCAGACAUCUGCCUCUGCCUGACACCAUCCAGGAUGUGGAAAAUAAUAAACAGUUCUCAAGAAAAGUAAAUGAGGAAGAUUUCUGCAUAAAAGUGACAAAAUUUUAAGGAGAUUUUAUGACUGACCAGGGAGGAAAGGAAAAAUAUGAAGAACAAAACUUGGAGUUUUCCUUUAUAUCUACAAAGUAGCAAGUAAAUAUACUGGAAAAUUGAAUCUAAUUUAUAAUUAUUGCCUUAGUAUUCACUUAAACAUAUAAUUUCUUGGUACAUGUUCCAUGAGCAGUUCAAUAUUUAGGGAAAGUAGUUGAAAAAGUUUAAGAUCUAUCAAUAAAUUAUUAAUAGACAAGAUAAUUCAGAAGCAGAGGAAUGUCAUGGAAUUAAUAUGUGACUACUUGAUAUGUGGAAUUCAGAAGCAAAAGAAUAUCAUGGAGUUAGUAUAUGACUGCUUGAUGUGUGGGACAGCAUAUGGUGAACUGUCCAUAAAUGUACAGAACAAUAUAGGAUAUGAAACCAAACAUCAAAAGAAACCCAUAAACAAAUACUAAUAUAGAUAUGUGUGUAUAUAUACAUAUAUAUAUAUACUUAAGACAUGAUACAUUUAACAUCAUAAAUUUCUCCAAAUAGAAGGAUUAUGUGGCAUGUGGAAAUACAUUCAUUGAAAUAAGAAUGUUGACCUUCUAAUGGUGAAAUUUUAAAUGAUUAUUACUUUCUCUUUGCAAUUUUUUCUC